GUUACAUUCACUUUCACUUUCCCUGGAAUUUCCUCUCUUCUUCAGAUAAGUGAGGAGGAGGGACAGAGUCCUGUAACAGGAGACAGAGCCGAGAGAGGAGAAGACAUUUAUUCUACUUCUUACAGAGGAAGAAGGGAAGCAACACCAGAAACCACCCAACCCUAUUUUAAGAAUGGGGCUGACGUUACAGGAGGUCCUGAUAAGGACUCUGAAGAAGCUGGAGGAGUCAAGUUUCCAGAGAUUCAUAAAGAAUCUGAGUGUCUGGGAAGCCAGAGAAGAAUAUGAAUAUGGAAAUAUUCCAAAAAAUGAACUGACUGGAAAAAAUCCAGAACACAUCGCUGGUCUGAUCAAUACAUAUUACAAUUAUGCCUAUGGGGCUGAGGUGACCCUAGCUAUUCUGGAGGACAUAGAUGAGAAGAAGGUCCGGGAAGAGCUCCAGCAGGACCUAAAGGAAGUGGACAUUCUAGGACAAGGACUUGGAACCAGAAUGUUUACAGACAGGGUAAACUUUAUAUACUAUGACACAUUAGGUCUUAUGAUGGCGCUAAUUGAUACAAGUUCAGUUCUACAUGAUCUCCGGGACCAGGAUCUACUGACUCAGAAUCAGUUCAAUGAUGUGGUGGAAAAGGAGACAUGUAAAGAUCUGUAUGAUAUUAUCAGAACCUGGGAGGACACUGAGAAGUAUAUGGCUUAUACAGUUCUUAAAAAAUAUCAUGAUGAACUCUGCAACUUGGGAUCGCAGGGCUGGAGUGCAAACGACUGGAUAUAUUCCAGUGGUGUACAUCACUUUCUGGUCAGACACACAAAUGACCUGAUUUGUAUUAUAAAGGAAGUAAAUCCGGUUGUAGAGGACCUCCGAUCCAAUCAUCUACUGGCUGAAAAUCAGUAUGCAGAUUUACAAGCGAUGACCACACCUGAAGAACAGAUGAGACUUCUAUGUUCUAUUGUCCAGCAUCAGUUAGAUAAAGUAAAGGAUCAAUUCUACAUUUCUCUCUGGAGAUACAACUACACAGCCAUCACUGACUUGGAAAAAUCUACAAAAUCUACAACUUCAUCAUUGAGCAGCAACCCAUGGUCAAACACAGCCUUAAGCAACGAUCUACAGGACGGCACAGGAUCUUCAGAAUUAUUCCAUUCAGCUGGUGAUCCUGCGAGAAAUAAGAAGGAGCUGACUCAGGAUAUACACUAUAUUCCUCCAUCUAUGGGAGCCUCAUUAACAUUAGGAGAACCCGGUAACCCAACUAGGUUUCUGGAAAGGCACCGUUUGGAUCUGAUCAGUAGGGUGAUCAUGGUAGAUCCAACUCUAGAUGAUCUCUAUGAACAAGGUUUGCUAGGAGACAAGCAGUAUGAUCUUUUGCGACGUGAACCUUCCAUCAGAAAGAAGAUGACCGAGCUCCUGGACAUUGCGAAAGACUGGGAGGAGAACUCCAAUAAGAAGCUCUAUACAUCUCUGCGCGCAUGCAACCGCUCUGUAAUUAAGGAUCUUAAGAGAGCGGAUAGGCAGAUGAUUACAGGAUCAAACUUAUCCUCUUCAGGUAUUUGGUCUGGAAGUCACUCAAAAAGAUCAACUUUUGCCAGAAAUGACAACUUAAAAUACAAGGAAGCACGAGAAUAUGUACAGUCUGAAACUCAAAACUGUUCACCGGAUGAUGACUACUUGGAUUUCGGAGGAAGAGAUGUACAGUCUGAAACUCAAAACUGUUCACCGGAUAAUGACUACUUGGAUUUCGGAGGAAGAGAUACACAGUCUGACCCUCAUGAAAAUUAUGAUCUCUUCAGAAGUGAGGAUUCUGAUUUCGCCUUGAAUCCAUAUCAAAAAGAACGUAAGCAUUUUGUUGAUGAGCACUGCUGGGAUCUAAUUCGAAGGAUAAUCAUGGUGGAUCCAGUUCUAGACGAUCUCCAGGAACAAAAUCUUGUAACGCAGGAACAGUACGAUGCCUUAAUGAAAUUGAAAACUCCCCAAAAGAAGAUGAUAGAUCUAUAUGAUAUUGUGAGGUUCUGGACAAACCUGAAAAAGGACAAGGUUUAUCUGGCUCUGAGACAACACAACCCAGCAUUCAUCCGAGUGCUAGAGAAAUCUGACCAAAUGCUGAAAUCGCGUAACAGAAAUAAGGGGUCCUACUAUAUGAAGCUCACCCUUGACUUGGAGACAGGUUCUUCUGCUGGAGAACAUUUUCUGGACAAGAAUAAAUCAGGACUGAUAAAUGUAAUGAGCACAGUGGAUCCAGUGGUGGAGGACCUCAGAGAAGAAGGCCUGCUGACAGAAGAACAGUAUCACAAUAUUCUACUGAAAGAAACUUCUAAAGAGAAGAUGGCAGAGAUCUAUAAUAUCACUGAUAGCUUUGAUAAUGUAAAGAAGGAUAAAGUGUAUUUAGCUCUCAGGACACACAACCGCUCACACAUCAGAGUUAUGGAGAGAAUUAGCAAGCCAUCACUGUCUGUGUCUGAAAACUCAGGUGAUGCAGUAAAAUAUAUCGAUCUUGGGCCUGAGGAAAAGGACGAUCACACAGUUUGGAAGGUUCCUGGGUCUAUUAUAUUCACCAUAAUCUGUUGCAUCUGCAAGGAGAUGUACAAAACUCCUGUAACAUUGAUCUGUGGCCAUAACUACUGCCUGGAAUGUAUUGAUAAGACCUGGAACAAUCAGGAUAGUGAUGAUACGUCCUGUCCCAUCUGCAGAAGAAGGUUUAAGAACAGGCCUGAACUCAACAAGAACCUGGUUCUCUGUCAAAUAGCAGAAUUUUGUCAAUCAUCAAAGUCAGACAAGAAGACACAUGAGUAUUGUACAUAUUGUACUUCACCGUUGCCACGGCGUGCAGUUAAACAUUGCCUGUUAUGUGACGCUUUUCUCUGUGAAAACCAUUUAAAGGUCCAUAGCAAACAAGCAGAACACGUAUUGUUGGACCCCAGCGUAUCUCCAAAGAACAGAAAAUGCUCCAUCCAUAAAACAGUCCUUGAGUAUUACUGCAGUCAGGACUCUGCCUGUGUCUGUUCCCACUGCUGUAUAGUUGGUGAACAUAAAGGACACCAGGUGAUACCUAUUGGAGAAGCCAUGGAGAUAAAGAAAGACAAACUGAGGGACACUGAAGAAAAUCUAAAGCUCAAGAAGUUAGAGAUAGAGAAAAGUAUAAAGAUUUGCAUGCUAAAAGUUCUAGAAAAAGCACAUACUGCAUCAGAAACUGUUGAGGUUGAAGAGAUGAGGGAAAUCCUACAAUUAGUCCAGGGAGGUCUAUUCAUAGAAGGACAAGCUGAAUAUCUAGUUGAGGAUCUAAUUAGGCAGCUGGAAGUUAAAAGGUCUCAUUUGACCCAGUGUAUUGCCCACAUUGAAGAGCUGUGCUAUAACACUGACCCAUUCCAAGUCUUACAAGAUCAGGAGGACUAUAACCUGUAGUCCUUUGUGUAUGAGAGAUACAAGUUGCUGUAGUUGUGAGUUAUCCCCUCCCUUGUGCUUCUCAGCUGUGUCAGUCUCAUAGGAAUGAAUAGAGAAGCAACUGACUUUCUUUCCUGUGUCAGUUGGACAUCAGAGUGCUGAUCACAUGACACAGCUGAGGAUCAGAAGGGACAGGAUAUCUCACAGAUACAGUCACUGGUGAGAAGAUUACAUUCACUACAGUUUACAUGAUGCACCUUUCUAACAGAUCAGAGAAUACAAAUUUUUGUGGGAGUUCUUCUUUAAGUAUUUUUUGUUAGUAGAAAGGACUUUUCCCCCCAAAGUGAGAUGUAUGGUCUAGGUGCAUAGAGAUGAUUUUGUGAUAGCUCACACAGGUUUACUUUUAGUUUACUUAACACAUUUAUCAAAUAUAUGUAAUUUCAAAGCAUUUUUAGGAUACAUUUUUUAUGCCAUUUUUAUUUUGUGUCCUUUUGUAUAAGGAAUCUUUGAAAUUCUCUGGAGAAUCCUUCAGAAUGUUGAAAUUUGGUUCAUACUGAUUGUUAACCAUUUGAUUUAAAUAACAAUUACAGUAACUAACAAUAACUUAAAAAUCAAUUGAUAACCCAAAAUUUUCUAAAUGAAAAAUAAAACUUGCCUCUCGAAAGAAGCCCACUUAUAGAUACAUAAUGCCACAAACGUACCUGUCUGCGGUCCAGCGGUAAGAUCUUCGGAGCGGCUGCGCCGGAUGAGACAUGCUGCUGAGCCAUGCCCCCUGGUGAUGCGGCAGCGUCAUUAGCAACUGGACACAAUGUUUUCUCCGCACAGCUGGCGUGUGCUGGAGGAGACUAGCAGUGGGCUAUUGUUCAGCUGAUCUCUCCUGUAUGCUGGAUGGAGCACUGAGUCAUGGACCUAUCAGGUUCUGAUCCAGGGACUCGGUGCUUUAUUUAAGACCCUCAUGGCAAUACACCCUGGCCAGUUAUAGGUUUUCCCUUGCUGUGCUCCAGUUGCUAUUUUGCUGUUUGGAUUGUUGCUAUUGGAUUUGACUUCGGCUUGACUUAGACCCUCUGUGAUUUGGUACUAUAUUUGUAGUGUCCCACUACGUAAAUGUGGGCACUACGCAAGGGUCACUUGGGUCACCUUGUUCCCUUUAGUGGAACAUGGUCAUGGUAUUUUGUAUUGCAUUUUAAUGUAUGUUGUCAUGUUAUCUCCUGUGUACCAGGCCUGUUAGGGGUGUAGUUCCUCCUCCUAGGCAGUAGAGAGAGCUAGGGAACCCCCUAGUAUAUAUAGACAGGUCCAGUCCAGGGAGAGGCAGAGUGUGUAGUUAGAAGCCAGUGUGCACUAGAUAGAGUUCAGCUGAAGUUCAGCUUCUACCAUGCAGCUAGAUAGCCCAGGUUUCUAGCUUGCACCCAGGAGAAGAGGUUGCCUCCUGAAGAUAUCUAGCAUCUUGUGAAGUACAGAGCAGAGACAAUUUUAUCCAGCCAAGUAGAAAGCUGAAGGGCAGAAGGAUAUUUACAGCAAGAGGAUUUAUACCAGAGUAAGGUUUCCCUAUCCAAGGAUAAAGCCAGCAAUAGGGCAUACGGGCCUUGGAGAAAGCCAGACAGGAUCUGAAGAAAGUACAGCCUGAUCUGUGAGUGUUUAUUCCCUCUGUGUAUCUUGCAAGGACUUUGCCUGCCAUUUAUGUGAAGCCUGCCUGUUAUCAAGACCCUGCAUUUGGAACUAACUGAAACCUGUAUAUAGUUGAACUGUUCAGUAAAAAUAAGUUCUGGUUCACUA